GCGUGCUGGGAUGUGAGGGCGGUGUGAUUGACAGCUGUAAGCCCCGCCCCCGGGUCUGAGCAGCGCACACUGCGCGAUGUGCGUUGUUUGAGUCGGGCUGCGACACCGCGGAUUUCAGCACACGAGUUCCAUGAACCGCGCAGCGCGCACAGAGCGGAUCUGAACCCAGUGCUCGCCGGUGGACCGGGGAGACACGACACCUAAAACUUUUCUCCCCGAGCAGACAAUGAAGCUUUGGUUUUGGGUUUGUACAGUUGUCUUGUGUCUGGACUCUACUUACGCAGGGUCAAAGACAAAUGAGCCAUGUGCAGGGCGUGACUGUAGUGGAAAAUGUCCUUGUCCUGCAAUAAAAGGUAGCAGGGGUCAGCCAGGGCCUUUAGGGCCAUCUGGACCCCCUGGACCUGAAGGCUUUAUUGGGGCCCCAGGGCCUGUUGGACCUAAAGGAGAAAGAGGGCAUGGUGGUCUUCCAGGACCAUCUGGACCUAAAGGGGACAAGGGUCCAGUGGGAGUUCCUGGCUUUCCAGGUAUCGGUGGUAUUCCUGGUCACCCAGGAAGUGAGGGACCACCGGGACUGCCAGGAGCAGAUGGCUGUAAUGGCACACAAGGUGACCCUGGUUUCCCCAGCAGCUCCCCUGGAAUACCUGGCAGCCCUGGAUCUCGGGGGUUACGUGGUGUCAAAGGGCAAAAAGGAGAGCCACGGUUCAUUUCUACACCCUCGAUUCCUGUUGGUCCUGUUGGUGAACGAGGGUUUCCUGGUCCGGUCGGAUUCCCGGGCCCCAUCGGCCCCCUCGGGUUACCUGGUUUCCCUGGACGUCCAGGUGGUCCAGGUCCUCCUGGGCAAAUAGGAAAUCCUGGUCAGGGUUACGAAGGAGAGCAAGGAGAGAAGGGUGAUAUAGGUCUGCCGGGACUCAGGGGUGCUCCGGCUGCUCUGUUAGGCUCACCAGCUAUAAGCACAAUCAACAAAGGAGAGAAGGGAGACGUGGGCCUGCUUGGUGACCCUGGAGUUGUGGAGUUUGUUGGAGUUCCAAAAGGGGGCAAAGGAACUCAGGGUGAUGUUGGCUAUUCUGGUGUAUCAGGACCUCCAGGACCACAAGGACCCCCAGGCCCAUAUGGCUACAAGGGGGAAGUUGGAGAGAAGGGAAUUCCCGGAUUACCUGGUUUGAGGGGUCCUCCUGGUUUUAAUGGACCACCUGGAGAAGAUGGCCCAAAGGGGUAUAGUGGGAAUCCUGGUCUCUUCGGAUUACCAGGCACUCUGGGCCCAAAAGGAUUCCGGGGAGAUCCAGGUCCACAAGGGCCACCUACCUAUAUUGGUGAUCUAGAAACAUUUUUAAAAGGUCCUCUAGGUGAUCCUGGUUUUGAGGGCUUGCCAGGCCUGACUGGAGAUACAGGUUCACCAGGACUUACUGGACCUCCAGGAGAACCUGGAACUUCAUCCUUCGAAAAAGGUAGCUCAGGCUUUCCUGGCUUCCCUGGUUCUUCUGGACCUAAGGGAGAGAAGGGAGACCCAGGUUUUCCAAGCUUUAGUCCUGAUGGUUUCCCUGGAGUUAGAGGGCCACCUGGACCUCCUGGGCCACCAGGACCUCGAGGCACAACUCAAACAACUGUGUUUCCUGAUGACCAGCCUGGAACACCAGGCAUAAAAGGCAGCAGAGGUCAACUGGGAUAUAAAGGGGCAAAAGGACAAAAAGGUGAACUUGGAAAUUGUGAUUGCAUUGGUAAUGGCACCCCUGACAAGACAGGCCCUCCAGGACCUCCAGGGCUCCCUGGUAUCACAGGGCUCAGUGGGAAGAAAGGAGAGGCUGGUGACCCAGGACUUCCAGGAUUCCCUGGACUACAGGGGCCAAGUGGUCGUCCCGGAGCGGGUGGCUUUGCUGGGAUUAAAGGAGAGAAAGGAAGCUCAUAUUAUACUGGUAGACGAGGACAGAAGGGUGACAUUGGUCAGCCAGGGCCUGCUGGUCCAACAGGUGAUGCUGGGCAACCUGGAAGAAAUGGAGCCCCUGGUUUUCCUGGUGCACCAGGACCACCAGGUGAUGCUGGUUUUGGGGUGCCCGGAGACAGAGGCUAUCCUGGAUCUCCUGGAUUGAAGGGUAUUCCAGGUAUACCUGGUGAGCCUGGCACUGGUCACCCAGGUAUCCCUGGUGUUAGAGGGUCUGAAGGUGACCCUGGUAUCAGUGGGCUUCCCGGGGUGCCUGGACCUCCAGGACAACCAGGUGACAGCUGUGGGCAGGCGAGGCUUAAUGAAGCCUCUUUCGCAAAGGGAGGACUGUCACUGCCCUGCAUAAUUCCAGGAGAACCUGGUAAUCCAGGUUUCCCCGGACUGCCUGGAGUCACAGGCCCGAAAGGACAGCGUGGUCCAUCAGGACCAAGUGGAAGGCCAGGUAUUGCUGGGUCAAAAGGUGAGAGAGGAGAUCCAGGCAGUGGAGGACAACCUGGAGCACAAGGCUUCCCUGGGCCAAGAGGAGAUCCCGGUUUACCAGGUCCUUCAGCAAAUGGCCUUCCAGGUGCUCCAGGAAAAGAUGGACGUCCUGGGUUGCAAGGAAUAAAAGGAGAACCUGGCGAGGUUUUAGGGGCAGCUCCAGGAAUACCUGGACCUCCAGGACUAACAGGAGAGUUUGGAGACAAGGGCCAACCAGGCAUUCCUGGUUUCCCAGGCAGACGUGGUUUUGAUGGCCUCAGUGGUAGUGCAGGUGUAAAGGGUGAGCGCGGUGCCAAUGGCUUCCCAGGACUUCCAGGGCCACAAGGUCCACGAGGUGUGACCCUUUAUGAUGGCACUGGAUCUUCAGGGCCACCUGGCAGUCCUGGACUCCCUGGAUCUCCAGGCUUCCCAGGACUCAAGGGUGAAAGAGGAGACCCAGGACGACAAGGCUUGGGUAGGAAGGGAUUUCCUGGAUCACCUGGAAUUCCAGGACCAAAAGGACAAAUGGGCCGUCCUGGAGCUACUGUUUCAGGACGUAAUGGCCAGCCAGGAAGGCCAGGGGUGAAAGGGGAGAAGGGAUUACCUGGAUUGUUGGGAUUCCCUGGAUCACCUGGAAUUUUUGGAACUUCCGGACAGACAGGACGUAAAGGUCAACCUGGAGUGCCAGGAUUGAAUGGCAUACUUGGAGUUGAUGGGCCUGUUGGUGUUAAAGGGGACAUUGGAGAACCAGGACUACCAGGACCUCCUGCUACACCCGUUGCAGUGACUCUGAUAAAAGGGGAGAAAGGUUUUCUUGGAGCUACAGGACUGCAUGGUUUUCCAGGACCACGGGGUAAUAAGGGAUUCCCAGGUUUACCUGGCAGUUCAGGCUUUCCUGGUCAGCCAGGAUUUGCUGACCUAGCUAAGGGUCUGCCUGGUGAUCCAGGUUUCCAAGGACGCCCAGGUCCUUCAGGAUUUUUAGGACCCAAAGGCUCACCUGGUGUUUUAGGUUUCCCUGGCAUGCCUGGACCUAGGGGUGAUGAUGGAGUUCCUGGUAUUUUUGGAUCACCUGGAGCUUUAGGACUGGCAGGAAACAAAGGUCAGAAAGGAGACUCUACUGGAGUACCUGGGGCCCCUGGAAGAAAGGGAUCGGUGGGGGAUUUUGGAUUCCCUGGUCUCCCAGGCUUUGCAGGUGAUCCAGGUUCUCCAGGUUUUCCAGGAGGGUUUGGAUAUCCUGGGCAGAAAGGUCAACCUGGAGAUCCAGGAACAAAUGGACAUAGAGGUCCACCUGGGUUCCAAGGCACUAGGGGUCUCCCUGGCUUUCCAGGACAAAGGGGACAGGACGGUGAACAAGGUUUCCUUGGGCCUCCAGGUCGGCCAGGGGAGAAAGGUUUAUCUGGAGCCCCUGGUUUAGAUGGACUCAAUGGACUUUCAGGUGCCAGAGGACCACCAGGAGUACCGGGUGGAAUAGGGAACGGUCAGCCUGGAGCCCCUGGACUUAAUGGACUAAAGGGAGAAAGAGGCUCAUCACUGCCUGGAGCACUGGGAUUUCCUGGAGUAAAGGGAUCCAGAGGAGAUACUGGUUACCCUGGACAUCCUGGGUUCCCAGGUCCUCCAGGUCCUCCUGGUUUACCAUCUCUUUCUAGUGGCAUUUUUGGUCCACCAGGAGAUGCUGGUCUACCUGGACUAGAUGGUGAAAGAGGUUUUCUUGGACCCCUUGGUCCUCCUGGUCCAUCUGGGCCUGGAACAGAACAGGGCGACAGAGGAGAUCCUGGAUUUCCUGGAUUACCUGGAAUCGCUGGCAAAGCUGGUGAACCUGGAUUUGCAGGAGGACGUGGGCCACCUGGCAACCCUGGAUUUAAAGGACCGAGAGGUGAUCCUGGAGUUAGUGGACUAACAGGACGUCCAGGCUUCCCUGGAGAUCAGGGAAGUUAUGGUAGCAAAGGUCCAAAAGGAUAUAAGGGUGCACCUGGUAAAAAAGGCCUUCCAGGAACUGUUUUACAAGAACCCUUUAAAAACUUGCCAUUUGGGGAUCCUGGUCCACAAGGACCCUCUGGCCCUCCUGGUUAUAAAGGAUCAGCAGGCCAACCUGGCUUCCCUGGACGUCCAGGACCCAAAGGAAAAAUUGGACCAGUUGGCAAACCUGGUCGCACUGGUCCACCUGGACAUUCAGGACACACUGGAGACCCUGGAAUUCCAGGAUAUCAAGGACCUGUUGGUUAUUCAGGUUUACCUGGUAGGCAGGGACAAGCAGGUCCUCCAGGUUUGCCUGGACGUGCCAUUGGGAUCGGCUACACUUUGGUGAAGCACAGCCAGUCCAGUCAGGUGCCAAUGUGCCCUCAGGGCAUGAACAAGUUGUGGGACGGCUACAGUUUGCUUUAUGUAGAAGGACAGGAGAAGGCGCAUAACCAAGACCUGGGAUUGGCCGGCUCUUGCCUGCCACGUUUCAGCACUAUUCCCUUCCUUUACUGUACAGCCAACGAACUCUGUUAUUAUGCCAGCCGCAAUGACAAGUCCUACUGGCUGUCCACAACAGCACCUAUUCCCAUGAUGCCUGUGGCUGAUGAGCAGAUUAUUCCCUACAUCAGUCGUUGUUCAGUGUGCGAAGCCCCAUCUCAAGCUGUGGCCGUCCACAGCCAAGACAUCACUAUUCCCCCAUGUCCACAGGGGUGGAGGAGCCUGUGGAUUGGUUACUCAUUUCUUAUGCACACGGCUGCAGGGGCUGAGGGAGGUGGCCAGUCUCUGGUUUCUCCUGGCUCGUGUUUAGAAGACUUCCGCGCAACACCUUUUAUUGAAUGCAACGGCGCUCGGGGCACCUGUUUCUUCUUCAACAACAAGCAUAGCUUCUGGCUAACCACUGUUCAACCAGAGAGGCAGUUUACAAAAAGUCCUGAUUCAGAGACACUGAAGGGAGAUCAGUAUCGUGGCCGCCUCAGCCGCUGCCAGGUCUGCAUGAAGAUCUUGUAGCCUGUGCACACUCCAGGAAAAGAAAGAGGACUUUUAAAAGAAAGAAUAAAAAACAAGAAAUAAGAAAGCAAAUACUGAUUGAUUGAUUGAUUGAUUGAUUGAUUGAUUGAUUGAUUGAUUGAUUGAUUGAGUGACUAUAUGAAAGACGCUAUUCAGGGUGAUUUUUGGAGCCUUCUUUUUGUGGCCAUGGUUAGGAGCUCCAAGUAAAGAUUUCUUUUAUUUCACUUAUCAACAUUGGUGCUAUGAGAAACUGCAACAUUUUAUUUUUAUUUUAACUACUCAAUGUUUGUAUUACGUAUUCACGGCUACCUCGGAGAGUGUGUCCCAAAUCCCCGAUGGGAAGCACUGAAAUAUUAAUGUGAGACUGCAGGCAUUUUGUAACACAAGCCAAAAUCUUCUUGGUCACUUUGUUAAAAGUUUGCAAGUCUGGAUCAAUGAUGGCAUAUGGAACAAACUAUAAUAACUUUUUGUUUGUUACUGGGGAAAGUGGGCAAAUGGGAAAACCAGCACUUUGUGGUGUACACAAAUGCGGAAGAUUGUGGCUUGUGGUUAACACUUGAAAUUAUAAUCCUCUAUAACCCCCACACAUGUACCCUUAAUGUAUUGCACUGAAAUUAAUAUCUGGGGAAAAAAUAAGAAUCUUCUCAAAUGUAUAAAAUGAACAUUCCACAUUUACCAACAAGUCUCACAUAAUCAAACACUGAUUAAUAGACUUCAGUCUUUACAUACAGAAAAAACUAAAUCAUUUUCAUACUCGUACUCAUAAUUUCCUUUACUUUUAUGACAGUGUUGCCUAUAAGAAGCUAUUCAGCUGAGCAGAACAUCUACAUAUUAGAUAUUCACUAGUACACUUCACAUCCAAAAGUAUACCAGAAAUGUUCCUGGAAAUAUCUGUAAUCUCUGCUGUUAUCCUUUAGUCUUUCUACAGUCUCUUAAAGAGACAGGUUAAUAUGUAACCACUAUAUUCAUUAGCUUCUUAAGCUCUCUUUGGUAGCCCUGAGUUUUCAUUAUGGAUUCAUCUGUAAUGUGUGUAAACCGUUAAAUUGCAGUUUCAUCCCAAGGUAGGAAAGAAAUGAUGUAGUAAAAUGCGAAACGUGGGUGUAUGAUUUGUACAUUAAGGAUGGUUUAUAAAAGCAUAUAUAUCGUGAUGUGUAUAUUAAAUAACAGUAUUGGUAUUUUUCUUACACUGAUUUACAUGUAAUGACAUAAAUACAGUUUUCCCUGUAUAAAUUUAGGCCUAUCACAUAGCUAGAUUUCCAGUAUUAGUUUUGGUGCAGAGAUUCUUCUUCUUUUUGUUUCUUUUUUUUUUUUCUUUUUUUUUACCAAAGAUGUUACAAAGUAUAAUUGUGCUUCCUAAUAAAUAGUGUUAACACUAAAUUAUACGAAUGGACCCCACUGACCUGUCAUUUAUUACAUUAAUUACAUGUACAGACACGGUGCAGACAUAAACUGUACUGAAGUAUGGAUUUAAGGUGUGUACUUUAUCAGUCAAAUCCAAAACAAUCCAUAAAAAGUAAGAGUAUGCAUAGUUUAUCAUAUGUAUUGCUGAUUUACAUCUCUGGGUAAUUCGAAUCAACAAACUAAAGAGCCCUAGAAAAUUGUGUUAAGCACAUGCAUAAAUGGAGUAUAAAUAUGGAUACCUUUUUUCCUUUAUAGUUUGGCAUAUGUUUUAACAUGCUUCAACAUGCACCAACAAAUAAAAAGCAGUCCCAGCUUUGAGAUUUUCCCAUGAAAUUUUACUACUUGCACUACUAUAGUUGUUUUUUUUAAAAUCAGAAGAUUGGGAACUAUAGUCCUAUCUUAAAAUAUGUAACAAAUGGUAAGAUCACAUUUACUGACCUACAUGUAUUUUCAACUUUUGUUGUAUUGAAAUAAGUAGGCUAUGUGCAUGGGUUACUGUAGUUAAGCUACAAAUAAAAUAACAGUAUGGCAUGGUG